ACUGCUCCGCGCUAUGUUGGAAGCCGCUGGUGACCCCGAUAGGGACUUCCUCCGACAAGCGGAGGAUGGGCUACCCGUGGGGAUCCUGGACCCGCUACCUCGGACCCCACACGUCUUCGCGGAGCAGGUGAAGUGGCCGCUAGACAACUCCUUCUGGGAGGCCUCGCUAGCUUGGGCGCCCAACUACAGCUCGGUUGCGGAGCACGCCGAUUUCGCUAGGGCUAAGUUCGAGGAGAUGUGUAUGGGGGAGUUCCUGGAACGCUAUGGGGAGCAUACCGCCAUUGCUGCGCUAGCCGUCAUCGUGGAAGACGAGGAGACCGGGUCAAGUGCCGGGACAAGCUACGAGCAUGGCUACCUGGCCUGCCAAGUCGACACCAAGGAAGAGGUCCCUGGGGACCCCGCUAGCCAGACCGUAUACGUCAACCUGGUGGGGACCUUCGGACUUUCCUGCGGCAUAGCAGCCUGCGGGCUCAGGCUAACCUACCACUUGCUGGGCCCGGACUUCCCGCUAGACCUCCUCCUCUACGCCGACGACCUGGAAGCUAUGGGGAAGGGCCCCCGUCAACGAAGGGGGAUCCCUUGA